AUGAGAGAAGGAAGUAGGAAGAAGGGUGAUGAGAGUAGGAAGAUGGGUGAUGAGAGUAGGGAGAAGGGUGAUGAGAGUAGGGAGAAGGGUGAUGAGAGUAGGGAGAAGGGUGAUGAGAGUAGGGAGAAGGGUGAUGCGAGUAGGGAGAAGGGAGAUGAGAGUAGGGAGAAGGGAGAUGAGAGUAGGGAGAAGGGAGAUGAGAGUAGGGUGAAGGGUGAUGAGAGUAGGGAGGAGGGUGAUUAG